GUCAAUUGGAGUUUGAAUUGUCCUUGGGUGCGUGCUGUCGGGUGUCGUCCUGGCGUGGUUGUGUUUGCGUCGUUUGCCAGCAUAUGUGAUGACUAUAAACGUGAAUUAGACUAUUGUAACGCUUUGUUUUUCUUUGUUUGUGCAUGUACUAGGCUUUGUGUGUCGUACAAUUCGUUGUUUGGUCUAUCGGUUGCUUGCGAUGUCAACGAACCGUCCGUUGCAGGUAGUCAAUUCGAGUGAAAGGAGCACAGACUUAAGUGGAAUUUUUGGUGAAUACAUACUUGGAAGGCGUUUCUUGAGCUGGGAUGAAUUUGAGAAGUCAUUAGCAGAAUUUCAAAAAUUGUCCUGCACUCACUAUGUUCAUAAUUAUAGCAAAACGAUACCGGAUGACAGAUUUAAGUACGCUUUUGUUGGUUUUAAAUGCACUUUUGGAGUGAAUCGUACAAGACCUGGAUUGAAAUUGAAAAAUAAGUCGUCUAAAUGUUGCAAUUGCUCGUCUUCAUUUCGCGUGGUUUUGCGUUAUAGUGAAUACAUAAUUGCUUCCCACAAUAUGGUACAUAACCAUCCAUGCAGCAGGGUGUACAUGCAGAAUGACCCAUGGUAUAGACGACUAACAGUUGAAGAGAAAGAAAAUGUGGAACCACUUCUUCAGCAAUCCCACUCAUCCGAUGAAAUAAUAAUGCAUGUUAAGGAGAAGUACCACAAGGAUAUAACUCGCAUCGACGUUAAAAAUAUGAAAGCCGCAGUUACUAAAGGUAACGUUGACGUACUUGUUAAAUACUUAAGGUAUUUCGAGUCGUCGUGACAUUUUUGAAUUCCUAAAAUCCCGUGGGAAGUUAAUGGAGUAUUAUUCCGAUGAACCGAUCAGGAAUUCACUAACAAGAAUUUGUUUUGCAACUUAUGAGCAAAUGGAAUUGUAUAAACAGUUCCCUGAAGUUGUUGGUAUCGAUUCGACGUAUAACACCAAUAAGGGAAGUAUUCUUUGUUCCAGUUACUUGUGACGGAUAAUUUUGGUCGUGGACGACGAGUUUUAUUUGCGUGGACUAGAAAAGAAUUCAAACGAGAUGUAGUUUGGAUAUUAGACUGUUUUCGUCGAAUAAUGGAAGACACCUCCAAAACAGAAUCUUUCAUUAUGGAUUGUGCGCAAGCUGAAAUAGCAGCCGUCAAGUUAACGCACAGAGAAGCGCACAUUGUUUUGUGUUCUUUCCAUGUUUGCCGAGCAUUCUGUCGUAAAGUAAGUUUUUCAAAGCAUACUUUACAUUUUAUUCGUAGACAAGAAAUCC